AGUCAUGGCGCUGAACACAGUGACAGGAUAUAAUAUUGUGUCGAUGUUAAGAUGUAGGUUUAAAUAUGGUAUCUUCGUGCCGAGGAUCAAUAAUGUCUAUGUUACAUCAUCCCAGCGGACCAGAAGUGAAGCGUUCCAUGUAACAAAAAGAGGACUGGCAACAUCAGAAUUGCUGCGUCAAGAAGCGCAGAAUGUCGGUUCCCAAGAUUCUGAUGAUGUAGUUGACGUCGUAUAUAUUGACCGGUCAGGGCAAAGAGUUCCCGUGAAGGCUAAAAUCGGAGACAAUGCGCUCUACCUUGCACAUAAACACGGCAUCGAGCUCGAAGGUGCAUGUGAGGCGUCACUUGCUUGUUCCACUUGCCAUGUGUAUGUAAGCAAAGGCCACUUUGAGAAGCUACCAACGCCAGACGAAAGGGAGGAUGAUAUGCUGGACAUGGCUCCGAUGCUUCAGGAGAACUCUCGUCUGGGCUGCCAGGUUGUCUUCACACCGGAGCUGGAUGGCAUUGAGCUCACUUUACCCAAGGUCACUCGCAACUUCUAUGUAGAUGGUCAUGUCCCCACCCCUCACUAAGGGCAGCACACCACAGGUAGCAGAUAUGAGGGAGUAACAGGAAUGUUGAAUUCAUAUCCAGAGUCCAGUCCAAUCUUAAAUCAUCUUUAGAUGCGUUGCUAAAAUAAAACCCAGAUCAUUUACUGAACGCAACAAAAAAUCAACAAAAAACAGCAAGUAAGCAGAGAAGGCUAUUGUUGGCCUUCUUAUGAUCGCACCCCGUUAUAUGAAUAAUCACAAAUAUUUAAAUGCUGGUCAGUGUUAUCUUAGGUACACUGUUGCCUGGGAUUGGAACUGUAGCCUAAAUCUGGCCCAUACAAUCAAUAGCUUUUUAACAUUCGAGCGAGUUAAACUUGAACGUUACCUGCCAUCUCUUGAAAGUGGUACGAUUACCACACCCUUGUGCAGUCAAUAUUUCCAUCAAUAUUCAUGCACACAAAGACUGUUUUGUAACUGAGUUCCAUGGAUUCCCCCUGUCCAGUGUCCAAUAGCUGCUCUGUUGACGUAUGAACCAGAACAGGCCAUGUUUUGGGCUUGAUGUGGGCUUCGUGUGAAUAAAAAUGAUUUUGUAUUAAGCGACACAUGAGAAACCUAAUGUAACAGUGUGUAGGUGCAUUUUUAAAUUGUAAAGAGUGAAAAACUAGGCUUAACAUUCUUCCUAUUUAUUGGAAACCUUUUGGUGCCCCCUCUGACACUUGAUGUGCAUGGUCGGAGCAGUAAAGAGAAUCCUGUGAAAUAAAAGACUGUUGGAUUUUG